GGAGUGCGCAUGAGCAGCUGUCUAUGGAGCUACCCGAGUGGGGAGAGCGAGAACGCUGUCGGGAGAAAUCGGCGGCUGAAGCGGCCUUGGCGGGAAAUGCUUCCGGAUGUCCAACUAAGAUUUGAAUAAGUUGCCCGACCCCGGUGCUGUGUGCCCUCGGAGGCUGUCUCUGGCUGACAGCUGUAGGCGAUUAGAGUGUUCUGCCCUCUCAUUACCUGCUCCUGCAGUCAGCGCAGCAAACCUGAGAGAGAGGACUUAGCACUCAGGGAGAUACGAAGACCUUCAAAAAGGGACCAGCUCCUCGGAUGUACUCCCUCACAGAGAGAUGAAGGGGCAGCAGAAAACAGCUGAAACAGAAGAGGGGACAGUGCAGAUUCAGGAAGGUGCAGUGGCUACAGGGGAGGACCCAACCAGUGUGGCUAUCGCUAGCAUCCAGUCAGCUGCCACCUUCCCUGACCCCAACGUCAAGUACGUCUUCCGAACUGAGAAUGGGGGCCAGGUGAUGUACAGGGUGAUCCAGGUGUCUGAGGGGCAGCUGGAUGGCCAGACUGAGGGCACUGGAGCCAUUAGUGGCUACCCUGCCACCCAAUCCAUGACCCAGGCGGUGAUCCAGGGUGCUUUCACGAGUGAUGAUGCAGUUGAUACAGAGGGGACAGCUGCCGAGACACAUUAUACUUACUUUCCCAGCACUGCCGUGGGUGAUGGGGCAGGGGGCACCACAUCGGGGAGUACAGCUGCUGUCGUUACUACCCAGGGCUCAGAGGCACUACUGGGGCAGGCAACCCCUCCCGGCACUGGUCAAUUCUUUGUGAUGAUGUCACCACAAGAAGUAUUACAGGGAGGAAGCCAGCGCUCAAUUGCCCCCAGGACCCACCCUUAUUCCCCGAAAUCAGAAGCUCCCCGGACAACCCGGGAUGAGAAACGCAGAGCUCAGCAUAAUGAAGUGGAGCGCCGCCGCCGAGACAAGAUCAACAACUGGAUUGUGCAGCUGUCCAAGAUCAUCCCAGACUGCUCUAUGGAGAGCACCAAGUCUGGCCAGAGUAAAGGUGGAAUUCUAUCCAAAGCCUGUGAUUAUAUCCAGGAGCUUCGGCAGAGUAACCACAGGUUGUCUGAAGAAUUGCAGGGGUUAGAUCAACUGCAGCUGGACAAUGAUGUACUUCGACAGCAGGUGGAAGACCUUAAAAACAAGAAUCUGCUGCUACGAGCUCAAUUGCGGCACCACGGAUUAGAGGUCGUCAUCAAGAAUGACAGCAACUAACUAUGGGGAUUCAGGGGCUUUGGGCCCAAGAACUGCAGAUAGCCCAGGAGCGACAGGCUUAUCCCUUUCCUUCACUGCCCACUUCUGGCAUGGGACUCUGGGGAGUUCAAAAGGCGUGUCUUUGAACUGAGGACCUGUGGUAUGGCAGCCUGCAGUAGUGUGAAACACACAUUGUGAACAUGCACUGACAGCCUUGCCUACCCCUACCAUGCAGCCCCUGGGUCCUCAUGCUCCUCUUGCACAAUGCAUGUGCUGUCUCCAAGCUGGAUACUGGACAUACUAAACUGGGGGGCUUGCCCUGUGCUUAGAGUACUCAGCAGAGGGUCUGCUGACAAGUGAUACUCUGGCUUGCCCCAGGACUCUGGCACUUCCAUUGGUUCUUCCUUUCCCCGGAACUGAGGUUCUAGAUGUGGACCUGCGACUCUGGGGAACAGACUUAAUGAAGAAAUGGGGAAGGUUGCUUAGCAGUGUCUACUGUCCCACAAAGAAACUGGCCAGCAAGCAGCUAAGGCCUGUGUAGAAGUCUCUGAAGCCAGGGAGAAUAACAGGCAGGGGCCCACUUGGGGUCUUUCCCCUUGUGGGGGUGUUCCCCUCUUUUUUUUAAGAUAAAAUUGUUCGGAGCCACA